AUGUCCAUCCUAUUAACCUACCGGUUCACCUACUGGUCCAGACAUGGCGUCAAAGGACCUAAACGUAUAGGAAUUGAGGGAUUCUUUAUGAAAGUGAGCGACUUUUACACAAAAAACUGGCAAAAAUACGGCCGUAUAUUCGGUGCAUACGAUUUGUUUGGCAAAUGGCUUAUUGUGAACGAACCGGAACUCCUACGAGACAUCCUGGUCAAGGACUUCCACAUAUUCCCCGAUCACCUACAUUUCAACCUGGGCAACACCAACCUGGCGAAGGCCUUGUUUUUUCUCAAUGGCAACGAUGAGGAGUGGAAACGGAUCCGCACGAUCACCAGUCCCUCGUUUACGUCGGGAAAGUUGAGGGCAAUGAUGGGUAGUAUCGGGGGUAUUGCCGACCAGUUUGUCAAGAAUCUGGAUGAAUAUGCCGUAAAUGGAAAAACGGCUGAUAUGCGCAAAUACAUGGGUGCCUUUGCCAUGGAUGUGAUCAGCGCCUGUGCCUAUGGUAUAAACGUGGAGUCCAUUAAUAACGCCAAUCAUCCCAUUGUAGUGAACGCUAAGAAGAUCCUAUCCGUGGACACGAGUUUCAGUUUUAUGCUGUCCAUACUCUGCCCAUCAAUAGCCAGGUUCUUUAAACUGGAACCGUUUAAUGUGAAUGCAAUUAACUUUUUCAAUAACCUAACGGAACAAAUAGUCGCCGAAAGGAAGUCAGCGAUGAAUACUGACUGUUAG